AGCACAGAGAGGUAGGCCAGGUCUGUGAAGAGGGGCAGGUAGUCAGUGUAGGGGAAAUAGCCGGGAGCCCUCGGGAUCAGGCAGCGUAACCCAUUUACUCUUGCUGCUACCUGCACUCCACAGGGAUGGCCUGCCUCCCCCGUGCGGUCCGGGGCAUUUCUGCAGGGGUUUUCCUCUUAGGGCUUUGGGGUGUGACUCUCAGUGACAAGCUGCUGGUGGUCCCCCAGGAUGGAAGCCACUGGCUCAGUAUGAAGGGCAUAAUUGAGGUGCUUAGUGACAGGGGCCAUGACAUCGUGGUGCUGGUGCCAGAAGUCAAUUUGCUUCUGAAAGAGUCCAAACACUACACCAGGAAAAUCUAUGCGGUGCCCUACGACCAGGAAGAGCUACAGAGACGCUUCCGUACCUUUGGGAACCGGCACUUCGCUGAGAGAUCGCUCCUGACUGCUCCCCUGGUGGAGUACAGGAAUAACAUGGUCGUCGUUGACCUGUGCUUCAUCAACUGCCAGAGCCUCCUGAGGGACUCGGCCACUCUGAGCUUCCUUCGGGAGAGCAAGUUCGACGCCCUGUUCACAGACCCGGCCAUGCCCUGCGGGGUGAUCCUGGCCGAGAUCCUGGGCCUGCCCUCCCUGUACCUCUUCAGGGGCUUCCCGUUUGCCCUGGAGCAUACGUUCAGCCGAAGCCCGAACCCCGUGUCCUACAUCCCCAGGUGCUACACCCAGUUCUCAGACAGGAUGACUUUCUCCCAGCGGGUGGCCAACUUCCUUGUUAAUCAUUUGGAGAACCUCGUAUUUCACUUUCUGUUUUCAAAGUACGAAGACCUCGCAUCAGACCUCCUCAAGAGACAGGUACACUUACCCACCUUAUAUCAGAAGGGCUCUAUUUGGCUCUUGAGAUAUGACUUUGUGUUCGAGUAUCCCAGACCAGUCUUGCCCAACAUGGUCUUCAUUGGAGGGACCAACUGUAAGAAGAAAGGGGCCUUGUCUCAGGAGUUUGAAGCCUAUGUAAAUGCCUCUGGAGAACAUGGAAUUGUGGUUUUCUCUUUGGGCUCAAUGGUCUCGGAUAUUCCAGAGAAGAAAGCCAUGGAAAUUGCUGAUGCUUUGGGCAAAAUACCUCAGACAGUGCUGUGGCGGUACACUGGGACUCGACCAUCGAAUCUUGCGAAGAAUACAAUCCUGGUCAACUGGCUGCCACAAAAUGAUCUGCUCGGUCACCCGAAGACUCGUGCCUUUAUCACACAUUCUGGCUCCCAUGGUAUCUAUGAAGGAAUAUGCAACGGCGUUCCGAUGGUGAUGAUGCCUCUGUUCGGCGAUCAGAUGGACAAUGCAAAGCGCAUGGAGACCCGGGGAGCAGGAGUGUCCUUGAAUGUCCUGGAAAUGACUUCUGAAGAUUUAGAAAAUGCCCUCAAAACUGUCAUCAAUGACAAAAGCUAUAAGGAAAACAUCAUGCGCCUCUCCAGCCUCCACAAGGACCGCCCCAUUGAGCCACUGGACCUGGCUGUGUUCUGGGUGGAGUUCGUGAUGAGGCACAAGGGAGCCCCGCAUCUGCGCCCCGCGGCCCACCUCCUCACCUGGUACCAGUACCAUUCUUUGGAUGUGAUUGGCUUCCUCUUGGCCAUUGUGCUGGGAGUUGCCUUUGUUGUCUAUAAAUGCUGUGCCUUCGGCUAUGGCAAAUGCUUUGGGAAAAAAAGGCGAGUUAAGAAAUCUAACAAAUCCAAGGCACACUGAGAAAUGGGUGAAAAAUGAGGUGAUCCAAAUUUGCAGUCAGUGUGAAAUACAUGUCAUGCUCAUUGAAGAAAACUUUACUGUAAGUUA